AUGAAACCAAUUCAUGGAAAGACCAAGGAAUUUGCCCGCCGCAAGCUCCUCAAUUCAGAUCUUGACCCAGAAGGUGAUGGUGCUGUGAUCAUCGAUGACCUAGAAAGAAAUGUCCAAGAAGACCCAGUUAUGGAAGGAUGCUCUGUAGAUGAAGCCAGAAGACGCCACAAAGACUUGAUGUGGUCCCUCUACGGCGCCUAUGGCCCCAGCCUUCACUGGGCAUGUGGGUUUCAGAUGAUUUUCAUAACCCAACAGCAUGUCAUUGUCAUGAAUAUGCGGUGGUGGGAUCGCUGGGAUGAGGAAAAUAGUCAUGAUCAGCAGCCCAACAGAAAUGAAGAAGAAGAAGAAGAAGAAGAAGAAGAAGAAGAAGAAGAAGAAGAAGAAGAGCAUUAUCCUCCAGUUAAUGGCUGCCAAAUGCAAUGA